GUUUGUUCAUCCCAACACACCUUAUCUGGUAUAUUUUAGUACUACACGUUUCGACACUAAAAAUUUACAUACACAGUAGCCAAUUAAUCCCUAAUCCUAAUUGCAAUUACCUCUUCAUUCUUCCAUUUCACCGCGCCAUCCGCAAAAAAACAUCCAUCCAUAUAUACAACUGACCUAUGGUUACUCUUCAAUCCAGAAACCCAUAAUAUCCGCCUAUUGCUACUCCUGCCAAGACUAGAGUUAAUGUAAUUAAUUAUAUUGUGGGUACCUUCAGCUGGGAAUACCACCAGACCAGAGCCACGAUUGAUCUCAUAGCCCAUAAGGGCAACAGUCAAGAUGCAACAGUUUAAUAUAGUAUCACCUUCGCCAAACAUAUCCCAUCCCGGAGUCAGGGCAACGGAUAUCACUAAGAAAUUUGCCUCUGCCGUAAAGACUUUGGUACCCGGACAACUUGUAAAAGAUGACCAUUUUACCCUUUUCGAGUCCGUCGCGGCUCUGGAGAUUAUGGACCGAAAAAUGGAUAGUGGUGCUCUAGCAGAAGGGGAAUCUUUAGACGAAGAAUAUGACGUUUCUCGCGAUCUGCUCCCAGAAGAAAUACUUGGAAUUAUCGACCAGCUUCUUUGCCUUGAGAUGGCCUGGCAUCUUGGCUAUCCCCUCUCCCAGACUCUCUUCACGAGCAUCUACAUAGAGUCGCUCAUGAACCCUCAUCCAGCCAGUAUAGAUGAGGCUGAGUUCAUAAGAGAUCCUCAGGCCCGCGAGAAGCAGCCGAAACUACUCUUCGUUCUACGGGCUUAUUGCCUCGGACUCCUUAAAGCAUGUUGUUUCGUAAACGAGCUUGUGAAAGAUGAGCUUUACUAUGAGGAAGAAGACUUUGUUACAAACACGUACGAUCGUGAUCUACUUCUUGAUAUACCCGUUAGCUCCGUCAAUAAUAUACUACAGCAGGCCCGGGGCGACCUUCGUGCCGCUAGUAAUGAAGUUUCGAAGGAUAUCUCUGCGGCCCUAGACCUUCGACUUGAGCUACGUAUCGCAUUCUUAAGGGCCAUUGACUUAUCAGGCCUACGGAAAUCUAACCCAGAUUCCUUGAAGAUGCCCUGGGUACAGAUGAAAGGUCUGCUUGAGCACAUCAAAAAGCAGCAUUCGUUAGGCAAGCCGGUCCCAGAAGCUUUCAGCACCAAACUGCAGCGACGGCUGGCGAGCACAAUGCCCCCGCGCCCCAUGGUCCAGCCUAGCUUUGAAGAGAGCUAUGGCCAUCUUAAACGACUUUUCCAAGAUGGAGUUGAUAUCAUGGAUAUUCUGAAAUAUUCGGAACCACAAAGCCUUUUGAAUUUCGUCUUGUUGUUCCAGGCGAGAAAGCCGCAACCACUAGUUUAUAUCAGGACAUUACUUCAGAAUCUCUUAUUCAGAGAAAUGGUCGUCCUAGGCAACUAUAGCAUCCGGCAAAUAAUUGAUCAUGACCUCUCAAUCGUUGUAAUGCCCUGUGCACCACAGAUCGAUGCUUCCUACGACGAAAUCGAGAUCCCGACUGAUCCCCGUCACCAGACUGCAGCGCAGAUGGAAAUUUUCCGACAGCGCGUGGCUGAAUGCUAUUUAGAUGUCUUCAGGAUAUUCUGCCAGAAUAGAUGUAGGGUUCGACGCACACUAUGCCACAAUAUACAAGAGUGGGAUAUGCUCCAAAUAGACGUCGAGGAGAUCGACCAACUUCUCCAAGUCGCCCUAGAUGAGAGGCCCCUUAUUACAGACAGAGGUAGUAUCGGGUUUUCUCUCCCUCUAUCAUCAUGGGCGUAUCUAUACAAGCUCAGGCAGAUGGAGUGGAUCGUUCAACUCGGAUUCGAACUUGAGGUUUACCAGACGGACGAACUUGCUGGAAUGUACUGGUACUUAAACUACCUGGCCAAGACGCGCGCGCAGCACGGUGAUCGUAUCAAGUCAUUCACAAUGCGCAACCUAGACGAGGCACGCCAUGGCCUCGACAAAAAAAAGGGCGAUCAAGAACUACCGCAAUACACAGCCGCUAAGGAGCGCGAGUAUAUGACCUCGUUGUCAUACUUGCGCAUAACUAUGCUUGACGCGGCAUGCACAUGGGAGUUUGCGGAUGGCCUUUGCUGUCUAUAUACGGCGUUACAACGCCUAAAGCUCAUCGCUCCACCGCAGCGCCCCUAUAGUACCGAUAUCAUGCGCUAUGAUCUGCGCAUGAAACCCUUCCGAACAAUCACGCUACCCCAGUUACCUACAUUUGACGAGUUUACGCGCGCAACCCUCCAGCCCGAAACCCCAACACCUGAUUUGCUUAAGUAUGCUGAAAGUUCUGUCGGCGGCGCGAAAAAAGGGUAUGAGGCUUUAAGUAAGAUGUCGGACACACAAUCCUUCAGCGUCAACGCGCACGAGCAGUGGGUCAGUAAUAUCCGGAACUGUCUGAAAGCCGCGAUCGCAGCGGGCGUCGCGGUCUCAACACUGCAAAGGGCGUUGGAUAAAGCUGGGAAGGACGAGGAUGGUGAUUCACAGCUAAAGCUUAAGGUUGAGAUGCCGGCACCCGGGAAAGGGUAUCAUGACUGGUGGAUCGUUCCGAAGCUAGUUCCUGUGGCGUGAAUUUUUUUAAGUCCGGAUGCGGAUACUGGAUUAUGAUCAGGAUGAGGAUUGAGUAGUUGGGUAUAGGAAAUUAAUUGGGGAAGGGUAUCGGGAGAGAUUGGGGGUUUGGCACAUGAGCAUGCAUGGAUAUUAUUCUAUUACGAUAGAUCAACUAGAGAAUUGCAGAAAGUACAUUACGAUAUUU